AUGAGCACUUCCACCGGGACGGUUCAAGACCUAAACGUAUACAGUGCCCUGCAGCACUUGGACUCCCUGCUACGGCACCACGACCAUCCUCACCAGCGGCCACAGUCCCCUCUCAGCUAUUUCCGUCGCAUCGGCAUGCCGGAAAACGCCCGCCUUACCUACCGCCCGCAGCCACGCGUGUUCUCCAAUAACUAUGCAGACGAAAGCUUCUCCUACUUCGUCGGGGACGUCCGCUCUGGCUCCAUGGGCAAUCCAGACAUCAUACAACCAAUUAACGGAGAUCCAGACAUCUUGGAACCGCUUCAACGACAUUGCAACCAGUUCAGAACCGACGGCACCCACUUCCUCACACAUCUGGACGUCGUGGCCUCUUUGCCGAACUCGGUCUUGCCUGACGAUGUACAGAAAAGCGUGAGCGUCUUAGAUAUGGUCUCCUUCUACCGGUAUCGGGCUAAUCACUUUGCUGAAAGGGAAACGACUAUCCCCUUGCGACUCCGGAAUUGCUGUCGCUUUGCCUUUGUGCAGCGUCUAGCUUUCUACCAGUGUCGCCGUCGAGGGCUGUCGUUCCAACACACGACUGAGAAAAUCGAGGCAGCGAGAGCCCAGUUCGACGCUCCGGCAGGCUGGAACGUGAAGGAGGUGCUCACUACAAUAUUGGCUGACAUCCAAAUAGAACUCAAUGCUGUCGUGGCCCGCUUCAACGAAGCCGUCCAACUUGAGUCCGUCGGCGGCCACAUCCCGGUCACCACCGUCACAACGGCCCUACCCGCCACCUACCCAUCCACCGACUGCAUCGUCUGCCGCUUCCCCCUCUCCGCUCCAGCCGUCCUUACCAUCCCCUGCAAACACGCCUACUGCUCCGAGUGCCUCGAAUCAUGGAUCCACUCCUGCCAGCCGAACUCACAUACCUGUCCCUACUGCCGCACGGAGCUGUUUCCGCGCCCGAUUUAUCGGCGCACGGUGCAGUCGGUGAAUUAUCAAGAUGAGAUUCGCAGGCUGGAAUAUCAUGCGGAAACAGCGCGUAAUACGAUGAGCAGUGUGGAGUGGUUUGAGGAGGAGGUGGAGCUGCAGAGGCAAUGGAGCUUGGCGGUCGAGGAGGCGGGAAAUGCUGGGAAUGUUUAG